GCGGCAAGGGGAGCCGAAGCAGACGGAAAGGCCUCUAGGGAGGAGGCUGGGGCCGCUGGGGUCCGGGUACACCCGCCCAGUCACUGUUUGCGGAGAGUCAGGGAGGCGGAAAAGAAACAUGCUCGGGCCCCCAUCAGAGCGCGCGGCCGGGGCCCAUCCCCCGCGCGUCUCCCCGGCUGCGGGGCGCGGGGGGCUGCUGGGUGCGCUUGGCUGUGGCGCGGCGCGUUGGAGACUUUAUUGCGAUGGGACGAUAAGAGGGGCGGAGGCGGGGUCCCGGGGGCCGAGGCGGCCGCGCUUUAAUUAAAACGGAAAUUGCGGCCCCUGCCCGCGCCGGGGCCGGAGGGUUCCAAGCGGCCCCGUAGCUGGGAGCGUUGCUCCAGGACCCCCCUCUAUCCCCCGCCACGCCCGGGCUGCCCCCUCCCGCCAGGCCCUGCCGACCGGGCGCCGUCUUCUCCUCCCUGCCACCCGCGGUCCUCUCGGGUGGGGACCGGUGCCCCGGAGCGCAAAGCCUGACGCGCCCCCCUCCCGGUCCCCCCCAACUCCCACCGCCCAGUCCCCGGCGGCGAUGAGACAGAGCGGCGCCUCCCAGCCCCUGCUGAUCAACAUGUACCUGCCAGAUCCUGUCGGAGACAGUCUCUUCAAGGAAGGGAAGAGCCCGGGCUGGGGGCCGCUGAGCCCUGCGGUGCAGAAAGGCAGCGGGCAGAUCCAACUGUGGCAGUUUCUGCUGGAGCUGCUGGCGGACCGCGCGAACGCCGGCUGCAUCGCGUGGGAGGGCGGCCACGGCGAGUUCAAGCUCACCGACCCGGACGAGGUGGCGCGGCGCUGGGGCGAGCGCAAGAGCAAGCCCAACAUGAACUACGACAAGCUGAGCCGCGCACUUCGCUACUACUACGACAAAAACAUCAUGAGCAAGGUGCACGGCAAGCGCUAUGCCUACCGCUUCGACUUCCAGGGCCUGGCACAGGCCUGUCAGCCGCCGCCCGCGCACGCCCACGCCGCGGCUGCCGCCGCCGCCGCUGCAGCUGCCGCCCAGGACGGCGCGCUCUACAAGCUGCCCGCCGGCCUCGCCCCGCUGCCCUUCCCCGGCCUCUCCAAACUCAACCUCAUGGCCGCCUCGGCCGGCGUAGCGCCCGCCGGCUUCUCCUACUGGCCGGGCCCGGGCCCCGCCGCCACCGCCGCCGCCGCCACCACCGCCGCGCUCUACCCCAGCCCGGGCUUGCAGCCCCCGCCCGGGCCCUUCGGCGCAGUGGCCGCCGCCUCGCACUUGGGGGGGCAUUACCACUAGACGGGGCGGCCGGGAGCCUCCCGCAAGCCCAGAGCCCCGCCCAGCCCGGGCCACAGUCCCAGGAGGGGGCCUGGCGCCCCCCCAACCUUCCUUUAACCCAGAUUUUACUCCACCUGCAGCACCUAGCCCCGGGGGAAGGGACCGGAAGCCCCCCAAUCCCCCUCUAAUACUGUAUUUGUCCCCACCUCACCCCCUAAUCCCUGGAGGAGGGCGAUUGUCCCCACCCCUUGACUUUUACAUUCUUCUAGGUCUCCAGAUCCUGGAAAGGGGUUCCAGGACCUCCUCUUCCUUUCCUCUCCUCCCCUCACACCUUGUUCUGGCUCCUAAAGCCCCAUCACUGUGACCCUUCUGUUUUGAGUUCCAAAUCUUUUCUCACCUUUUCUCUCCUCCCCGGAUCUGCCCCCAACCCAGCACGUGAAGGCCUCUCACAGUCCUUUCCAGGACCUGAGCGGCUUUGGUAAGGGCCACUGGCCCUCAGACACACGGUCCCCUUCCCCCAGUCCUCGCACUUGGGUAGGAGGGCCAAUGUGUUCUACUCCCUUCUCGCCCCAUUAAAGCUCCGAGCUC